UCCGAGCAAAGGUAAUAAUGUCAUCAUCAUCACUUCUACUCAUGAAACCUUUUUCCAGAAACAAUUACUCUGUGCAUGGGAUGCUCUUACCAAACUACAAAAUUUGGUUAUACAAGAGAGAAUUAAUCUGCAAAAGAAAAACUUGGAAAUGAAGCUGGCUCAUGUCCUUCUUUCUCAGGUUAAGCAUCUUGAGGCGGAGGACAUGAGAAGACAACACUUUUCAUCUAUUUCCAUGUCCAUACAAGCCAUGCAUUCUCUUCUUUCCAGGGUUCCCCUAAGGGAAGGUGCAAAGGUGAACAUAGAAUCUGCUGUCACUAUAUUUCAGAAGGGAGAAGCAGCCUCUGAUGCUAUCAUUUCAACUGUGAAUAGUUUUGCUCCUACGAUAGAGGAUAUCGUUCCACUUGCCUCUCAACUUGCUGAAGUGGUGGCACAAGAGAAGUUAAUGCUGGAGCAGUGCCUGAAAAUCUUAUGA